CCUGUCCUACCUUCGCCGGGCUUUGAACUACACUCGUUUGCGAACCACUAUGAAGAGAAGAAGAUUUUUACUCGUCUUGCUGUUUGGAAUCUUCGUAGGUACAUUCAUCAUCGACAAGUCAAUGACGCCGAAAAAAAACUUCUAUAAGUCGUUUAUUGUUGAGGAAAUCACGAGCGAGAAACCUACUUUUGCACCAAAACAAGUCCUAACAGAUAAAAGGGAGUUUCUUUACGCAUACGAUAAUGUGUCUCAAGCCAGGCCACUGGACGAGGACAUGACCAGUAGUCUGACCCUUGACCCAGUCAGCCACAUCGGGUCAAAUCAUGACGAGGCCAUGGCCAGUCUCAUGAGCCAACGGCAGGCAUACUUGCGGAGCCAGUGCAAUGCGACCAAUGCUAAGAAGGUCAAAGCAGCUUUGAAAUGGAAGACGAGAGUUACACUGAUCGCAAAUGGAUUUUUCCGUGUCUGUGCAACACCUAAGGGAGGUUCCACGUCGUGGCGGCGUCUAACACUGCGGAUGCCGAAAGGUGUGGUCGGCCGCUCUCCGCCGUUACAGAUCCUGAAUGUCAGACAUCCCUUGACCCGCCUCGCCUCCGCGUACAGAGACAAAUUUCUGGGAGGAUUGCCCCUCUACAAGUACGACGAGGAAUGGCGCCAGAAGACCAAGUCCCGGAUGCCUUGGCACAACGAGUGGGAGACCUUCUGGUUCUCAGCGCUGGCGGCACGAGGCUCGCUUCCCUUCCGGCCCAAUCUGCGGCUGAGGGCCAGGAACGCAACUUACUGGGCCAACGUGGAUCACGGAAGAGAGAUCUACAAAGUCCUGAAGAACGCCCAUGGCAAAGCCGGCUUCAGUUUGAGAAGCGAUUUCCGCAACGCCUCCUUCACCUUCGAGGAAUUCCUUCGCUACGUCAUCUGGACGCAUGAUGUCGGUUUCAUGAACAAGCACUGGGCGCCUCUCGUGUUCCUGUGCAACCCGUGCAAGUACAAAUAUGAUUUCAUUGUCCACCUAGAGACCAUCGUUCCCGAGUUCAACUACGUCAUGAAAUUCCUGAAUCACACGGAGGGCAUAGAGCUCAAGGCAGACCACAAGACGAAGACAACGAGCCGAUCGGAUAUUUACCUCUAUGAGGACAUCCCGAAAGAUGUAAUGAAAAGAAUAUUGGAGAUUUAUAAAUUUGACUUUGAAUUAUUUGGAUACAGAUAUCCCUCUCUCUGAUGUAGUUUUGUGGUAUGUAAAUUCCGAAUUAGCUGUACAUAUUGAUCUUUAGCGGAUAUUCGUCGGGUGAAUUAGAAGGUAGCUUGAUAAAUAUCCAGAAGCUAGAUAAAAAAAUGUAGAUAACAUACACAUAUAUACGUACACACGCAAAUAAGUGACAGGUACAUAAAGUAUGUAAGCGAGAGAGAGCGGAUAAAAGUAAACUGACAUUGAUUGGAUCGAAGGACAAAGGUAGAUACUCUGGCCAUCCAAAUCACUGUAAUUAAGCACACAUGUGCAAAUCCCUACUAAGGUUCAGAUGCUGCAAUUAAUUCGCUUCGUUUCACUGGUUAUGCAUUUUUCAUGUGCGGACGAAUAUUGAGCGCAUGAUACAUGGGAUUCAACUAUUUUGAUAUACCUUUACGAUAAAAAUGUCCAAAAGUAAUAUGAGUGAUAAUGACGUGAUUCUGAUAGUAUGAAAAACAGCAGUGGAGACACAAGUCUUUCAGUUUCUUAAAGCAAAAUAUAAUUUGAGUCUCUGACUUUUCCCAGGUAAUUAGAGGAUAGUGAAUCUUCUUCCCAUAAGAUUAAGGGAAUUCAUACGAAACAUAUGAUACAUUUGCGCACGUACCUGAUUAACUAUUACUCUCUAAAACACCUGCCGAGAGAGAGAGAGAGAGAGAGAGAGAGAGAGAGAGAGAGAGAGAGAGAGAGAGAGAGAGAGAGAGAGAGAGAGAGAGAGGGGGGGGGGGGAGGUAGGUAGGCAGGUAGGUCGGUUUGAAUGAUUUAUAAAACUUAUUCACAAAACAGUGUACAUGCCCUAAAAAAGUCAGGUUAAGUUCCUAUCCAAAAACUCUGUCUUCUAUGUAAGUUGAGGGCUACAGUCAAACAUUAGUUCUGUAUCCCUAUAAGACUGUGCCAUUGUGGUUACAGUAUUCACAUAUCAUCUGGCCAGUAAAGUAUGAAGCAAAUAUAGCAGUAAUCAUACCAAACACAAGACCAGUGUCUAUAAUAAAAUAAAAUAAUAUAAUCAAUAAGUGCUGGUCUCUGGACAGUGCUAUUUGAUCGAUAUAUGCAGUUUUCGUGCACCUAAGUAAGUAGUGGGUAAGAUUAUGCUACACGGUCGCCAUGCACGUUUUGCAGUAGUGAUACAAAAUUGGUUUUGUCUCCAAAACUGCAUCCUGUACAUAUUGUAUAGUGUACUAAUAUCCUGUGCGUAGCCUUUUCUGUGUAACCUGCUGUCUGCGAGACAAUCCAUCAUAGCCUUUAUAAGGUUUGUCCAAAUCUGAUCCCAGCAACACUUUUAUUAUAGCAGAUGGUAUCAUUUUUCUUCAGCUUUUCAGGGGUCCAUACCUGACCUCGAUGACAGCCUAAACUGUUGUUUUUUUAAUUUGAUUAAAAUAUAAUGAUUCUCCA